UGUGGCCGUGCUUAUCGGUGGCUUGUCCGCACGGCAAGAACUGCUGAUGUACAGUAUCCUCAAGGACCUCAAGGACUCUCUGAGCAGUUCAACAGGUCAGCCAUUCCAGUUAAUUAUAGCCGUGGCUUCGGGAAGCGAGCUUUUCCACGCGGAAUUGGUCCAGCUCGCGGAUGUUUUUGUCUACGCGGACUAUCACAUGCCCAACAACGACGGCUCCUGCAAGAUACAGUUUCCAUCCGUAUCCAGUCAAACAGCUUCCUUAACGUCAUCUCUUCUCCGGACCAAAGAGUUGAUGGAAAAAGGAAGUGGGAACAAAACGUUCUGCGUGACACUUAACCUGGCGGUCUUAAAGUUUAAUGCCAGCCCCGAGAGGCUGUCACUGGGAGCUCAGUGUGGCGCCGAGUCCCUCGCCGGCUACUCUGAGGUGUGCUCUCUGCCGAGCUCGAGGACCGUCUUUGACAUGAACUGGAUGAGUGCCUCUUUGCGAAGCGGAGAUGUGCUCUACACCUUCGAGAAGGAAGGCGUGCUCUUGUCCAAGGUACUCUUUCUCAAGACGCUUCACCCCUCACUGUGUGUGGCUGCCUUCCACACGGAGUUGGACUCGACGUCCUGCACGCAACCUUUUGCCAGGCUAGUGGACAUUCGCAUGGCACUCGAUUCGGCGGUGCAUGGGGAAGGCGCCACGGUUCGUGCCCAGCCCGUCGACGUCUGA